AUUAAAUAGAUGCAGUAUUAAAAAAUGCAUAUGCUAUAUAUGUAUAAAUUACUAUAGAUUUUUUGCUUCGAGUUUCUGAAAUUAUGUUUACUUUUCUUUUCGUCUACACUACUUUCCUUUUGCAUUUUCUUAAGUCGUGAGUUGAAAAGGGGAGAGAGAUUGGAGAGACGAUUUGUGUAUGGCUGUUAUCCCAUUAAUUUUUGUCACACAUUAAUUUUAAAGUCUAUUUAAUUUAGUGAGAUUAUAUAUUCGAAUCACAAAUUAAAUUAGAUUUAAUUUAAUAUAAAUAAAAUAUUUGAGUCACCAAUUAAGUUAUUUCUGUUUAAAGUAUAUGUAAUUCCAUUUAAUUAAAUAUCUGAAUCCCAAAUAAACUUAUUUUCAUUUUAACUAUUUUAAUUAAAUUUAAAUUAAAUAUUUGUCACUGAUUAAGUUGUUUUCAUUUAAAGUUUAUUUCAAUCAAUUUAAAUAAUGUGAAUCUCCUAAAUAGCCUCUUUUUAUUUUUCACUUUCUAAAAUAGAACCCAAAAAUCAAAAUGACCAUAAUAUGUUUUACUAAGAGGUUAGAUGACGAUUAUAUUCUUAUUUAUUAUUGUAAUUAAUUAUUUAUUGAAUAUAAAAAAUUAAACAAAUAUUUUAAAAUUUUAAAAUAAUAAAACUGAAAGAUAUUUUUGAUUUUUAUCAAAAUUAUAUUCACAAUUUCCUUUUUUCUUUAAUUAUAUUUGUUUUUUAAAAGAAAUUUGAAGACUUUCCUGAACAUAUAUGAUAUUUUCCUAAAUUUCUAAUUUUUUAAAUUAACGAAUGUCUUCAUAAAUGUGUAAAUAUACUUUUUGAAUGUACAAUUUAUGUUUAUCUAUGUAGAUAUUCCUAAAUGUAUACGUCAUCCUUCUGAAUUUGAUUUAUAUGAAUAUUUAGGAAAAUAUUAUUCAAUUUAUGACAUCUCUCGAGAAUUGACAAAGUUGUUUUUAAAAAUUUAUAAUAUAUUUUAUAAAAUUAGAUAUCAAAUCCAUGAAGAUCUUCCAAAAACUGUAAGAAGGUGGUAUAGAUAUUUAGAAAUAUCUUAUAUAUAUAUAUAUAUACAUUUAUGAAAGUUUUUCAAAUUUUUAUGAAGAUAUUAUACAUAGUUAUCAAUAUUUUUAAAUAUAGGAAGAUAUCCUACAUAUUUGACAAUACCUUAUCAAUUUUAGGAAGAUACUAUACUUAUUAAGGAAGAUAUCAUAUAUAUUCAAGAAGGUCUUCCACAAACCUUUUUAAGAAAAAAUUGUUUCCUAAGAAAUUUUCCUCCCUAAAAAAAAGAGCUUCAAUUGUUUUUGAAUUUUUUUAUGAAAUAAAAAAAAUUCUAAGUAUUAAAAAAAAUUAUUUGGAUAUUUAUUUUGUGUUGAAAACAUUUUAGUGCUAUCUUAAUGUAUUUUCUCACUAAAAAAUAUCUAUGAAAGUUUUGCUUGUUGCAGUCUUUAUCAAACUUAUCGGUAGAAACUAUACUUUGUACUACUUAUGCAUUUUAAUUUGAAAGUUUUUUUACAAAAAAAAUAAUAUCUAUGAAAGUAUUUUUUAGUUGCAUAUCGAGUCACUUAUAAAAUUAAAUUAUAAUUAAUAUGAACUUGAAUUAAAAAACACACACCCAAAUAUGCAGUGAUGACAUUGUUAUUGAUGGAUAAAUUUCAUAUGGAUUUAAAAUGUUCUUAAGUAAAAAAUUAAUUAUAAAAAUAUUAUGUAUAUAGUUACUGGAAAUUAUCUGGUAAAAUAAAAUAUUAUAAAAUUUUAUAAUAAUGUAUUUUAAUUUGUUAUGAAUGUACUACUUCACUAGCAAUUAUCAUUUAUCUCUAAUUUAUAUCGGUUUAUUUAGUUUAUAAAUGUUGACAAUAAAAGUAAGAAGAUCCAACUAAAUUCUUAUCUCCAGUUUAAUUAUAAAUUAUUUAUUAACUUGAUAAAUAAUAUUUCAACGGUCAUAAUAUGUCUUAAAUUAGUUUAUUUUAAUACUUUAAAAUAAAGUAUAUAUUAAUUUCACUCAAAAUCAUCAGUUAUUAAUUAAAAUUAUAUUUUGUCAAUAAUAAAUUCACUUUUAAAAUUUAUCUUAAUUAAUGUUUAAGCUUAUUAUCACCGUUAAACUUUAAAAAUCUUAAAAUAUUAUCAAAUCAAAGUUAGUUAGUUUAAUAAUAUAAAUAUAAAUUAAAUAACAGGCAAUCAGAACUAUAAUUUUUAUUUUUCUUAUUGUUGGCACCAAAUUAUAACUUUAGAACCCACAUUUAUCUCAAAUGUCGGUUUAUAUAUUGUUCAUUUACUUUAAAAAUGGUGAUAACAAAAGCAAAAACAUCCAACAAUAAAAUAUUUAUCUUUGAAAUAGAUUUAUGAACUAUCUAUUUAUUUAUUAAAUACCAAAAAAAAAAAUCCAAUAGCAAUAGUCUAUCUUUAAAUUAAUUAAGAUUAAUAAUUUAAGUAUAAACAAAAUAUGCGUACAAUGUCAUGCAAAAUAUUUAUAUAUUAAUAAAAUUAUAUUUUUGUCAAAAAUUAAUCACUCCAAAAACUAUAUUAAAUUCACUUUUAAAAUAUAUAUUAAAAAUAUAUUAAUUUUAUUUUUACCGUUAAUUUUUAAAAAGAAAUCUCAGCCAUAACAGUAACUCCAAAAUUAGCUAUUUAUAAUAAUUCAAAUACAAACAAAAUAUAGUGUGCUAAAUCUUGGAAUAUUAAUCCAUUCCUUAUUUUGCAAGCCAAUUAUAACUUGACAACCCACACUAAAUUCAUCUCUGGGAUUAUUAACCCUCUUGAAAAUCUGACAAAUGUCGUAUCUAAUCUACUCAUUUUAUGCAAAUCAGCAUAAGAACAAUGAUGUCCAUUAGUCUUUAAUCCUAUAGAAAAUCUAGUGAUUGUGUAAUCUACUCCACUCAUUUUAUGCAUAUAUAUGCAGAAAACGAAGCCUGUCGUCAUUAAGUUGAAAGUGAUCGUAAAACAUUUGUUUAAUCGUAUAAACUAAGGUUUACGUCCUCGACAGGUUUUUGGGAAAAUCAGAUAUGGUGUUCAAGAAACUGAGGAGGCUCUUCUCUUCCUCGAAGAAGGUCGAAAGCGCCAACACUCCGGCGAAUUCUCCUAGCGAAUCCGACGAUAGGGAACGAAGAUCCAAUCGGAUACUUGGCUUCGCCGCAGUUUUAAUAGCGUUCGCGAAGAAGCAUUGCAAACGAGCUGAAACGUCUACCCUGGGUUUGAAUCGGAGGUCCCUCCGGGUGACGCUGGAAGCUUGCUUCAGCUUUAGGAAUGAUGAAGCAACUCCGGAGUUGAAUACUCAUCAGGACUCGGAUACUACAUCCAACGUAUCACCUUGCGACUUGGGCACACCUGAGAAUCCAAAGGAGCUAGAACCCCCUCGUUAUCAAGCCUUACUUAACAUGACCAGUGCUCCAAGAAAGUGGUUUUCUGGUGACAAAAAGAGCUUUUCUCAUGAGUUGAAUGCGGAAGGAGUAAGACCUUUUCCAUUAAGGAAGCCUCAUAGGUCGAACAGCUGGGAGGAAGUAUUGAAUCAUAUCAAGGCCAAAUUUAAUAAAGCAAAGGAAGAAGUGAAUGUCGACCUUAUACAAUUUUCUGAGGACUUGCUUGGAAUCUCAAAGGAAAAUAAUCAUGAGUUGAAGGUUAUAACUGGAGACUUAAUGAUUUUGACACUGAAAUGUACCAGUGCUAGUUCAGGAAAGUUCUGGCUUCAAUGUGAGAGGAUAGUUCGAGAGUUAGAUGAUAAACGGCAGGAGCUUGCCCCUGGUGUUCUCAAGCAGCUUCAUACUCGCUUGCUGUUUAUUCUUACCAGAUGUACUAGAUUACUUCAGUUUCGCAAGGAAGGUUGGAGGCAGGAGGAAGAUUUCGAACAACUAAGUCACUCAAGACUUCUCUCUUCUUCGUACAAUGAAACUUCUUGGAAUAGACUUCCAUCUAUAGUGUCGAAAGGUGUAAAAGAAGCUGCAGUAUCAAUUAUUUGUCGUAUAUGCGAGGAGGAUGUUCCCACCACCCACCUGGAAGUUCACUCUAAAUUAUGUGAAUUGGCUGAUAGAUAUGAUCACAAGGGUGCGAGUGUUGAUGCGCGGCUGGCGAGAGUUGCUUCGACUCUUAUUAGUAUCAUUAACUUUAGGCUAAGUGACUGCUCCCAAGACGACAUGCUAGACUGUUUCGGUGAUCAAGGCAUGACUACUACUUCAUCUGCCAGUAACAUGACUCCUAGAUCCCCUAGACCCAAUCCAUUUGAAUUGUUAGGAGGCAAGGCUACAUUCUAUGACCGGUAUGAUAUUCCACUGAUGACUGCACUUUCUAACAUUGCAAGACGAGCAGCAGAAGCCAUAUCACAUGAUGAUAAAUCCAUGACGAUCUUAUAUUCUUGUCUUCGUGACUUGAAGGUUACCGUAGACCGCAGAGAUUUUGCUGCGCUUACAGUAGAAACUUUCGGGACACGCAUAGAAAAGUUGAUACGUGCUAAGUAUCUUCAGCUGAACGAGAUUCUGGAUGAUGAAAAAGUUGACCUGUCAAGCACCGUAAUUGAUGAAGAUGUUCUUUUGGAAGAUGAUGUUGAACGCAGUUUGAGGAUCAGAUCAGUACAUCUGCGGGACCGCAUAUCCAUAGAUGAUUUUGAGGUGAUAAAAGAAAUUAGUCGAGGAGCUUAUGGGAGAGUUCUUUUGGCUAAAAAGAGAGCAACAGGAGACUUAUUUGCAAUUAAGGUUCUGAAGAAGGCAGAUAUGAUCCGCAAGAAUGCUGUUGAAAGAAUACAUGCUGAACGAGAUAUUUUGAUCAACGUCCGCAAUCCCUUUGUCGUUCGAUUCUUCUAUUCUUUUACUUGUCGCGAAAACCUGUAUCUUGUGAUGGAGUACGUGAAUGGGGGUGAUGUUUUUUCAAUGUUAAAACUUAUUAGCAUGGAUGAAACUGUUGCCCGUGUAUACAUUGCCGAAGUUGUCCUAGCUUUGGAAUAUUUACACUCUGAGGGUGUUGUGCAUCGUGAUUUGAAACCUGACAAUAUAUUGAUUGCACAUGAUGGUCAUGUUAAGUUGACAGAUUUUGGGCUCUCUGAAGUUGGUCUCAUCGACAGCACCGGUGAUCUCUCUGGUCCAAAAGUGCCAACAUCGGAGCAUAAGUCUGAAAGGCGAGAUAUGGCUGGCACUCCUGACUACAUGGCGCAAGAAAUUCUUCUGGGGACAGGACAUGGUGCAACUGCGGAUUGGUGGUCUGUUGGCGUCAUUUUGUUUGAAUUCAUUGUGGGAAUUCCGCCCUUCAAUGCUGAUAGUCCUGAGCAAGUAUUUGAUAAUAUUAUCAACCGGAGAAUACCAUGGCCUAGUGAUCCAGAGCAGAUGAUGAGCUAUGAAGCCCGUGAUUUGAUAGAUCGGUUAUUAACGAAAGAUCCUCAUCAGAGACUUGGAGCUAGAGGGGCGGCUGAGGUCAAGCAGCACAUCUUCUUUAAAGACAUAAACUGGGACACUCUACCAAAGCAGAAGGCUCCAUUCGUGCCGGAAACAGAAGAUGCUCUUGACACAACUUACUUCCUUAGUCGCUACGCUUCGGAUAAGCGAUCUUCUCCAACCAAUGAGAAUGGAAAGUCUUGUGAAAGUGGCAGCAGUGGUUGCCUCAGCAACGAUCACAACGAUGGGGUUGAUGAACGUUGCGGACCUGCAGAGUUGGAAACUAAUGUUUCGGAAAAUAACCCAUUUGAUAACUUCUCCUACAAGAACCUCAGUCAGCUGGCAUGUAUCAAUCGUGAUUUGGUGUCCAAAGGUCAGAAACAUGGAAUAGCAACAACUUUGUAUCCAAGACAACAAACAAAUCAAUGCUACAAUUAUCUUUGAGGCUUUGGCGUUCCUACCUCCAGAGAGAGAUUAUCUAACUUUCUUUACUUUUUCGCAAUGCAUCUUUCAAAUAUGUUCAUAGAUUUUGAAUAAGAGACGCCAUUUUCAAACCAAAGCUAUAAAACUAAGCUAUAUGUAUUACAAAAGUGAAAAAGAUUUAAGCUGCAGAUAAGAUCAGAAUCAUCAUCUCUCGUUGUCUUCUGCCUUUUUCUCUGUAAAAGCAUCAAAUUUGAAACCAUGGUUCCUUCCUAUCAUGUGUAUGAAUACCUCUGGGACCUCUUUAAGAGUGUCAAACAGUUAUAUAUACUGUUGCUGUUGCACCCAUUCCCACCUAAUUUAUUACCGGAUAUGCAUUAGCUGCUUAACUCAUAAACUCUCAUGUUUGGUAGCCAAAAAAUGCAAAGGGUUGUUUUGUGGGGAAAAAUAAAAAAUUCACAAUGUGUUGGUUUCACUUUAAUCUACGAAAUAUUAAAAGUUUGUCUACAUUUUCAUCAAUAUAUCAUCCAUUCAUUCGUUUUAUAUAAAUCACUCGCAAAGUGUUUAUUUUUAUAUAAUUAACCUGUCACUUGGAAGUAUGGAUGUGAUAAGAGAAUAAAAAAUAACAAGUAGAAGACACAAGUUUUUCUUUUCGAUUCAAUAGAAAGAAAACAAAUUACACCAUUCUGUUAAUGCAUAAAUCAGACACACCUUCCUGAAGAACUAUCAUUCCUUCUACAAAAAGAUUCUAGUGAUAUUAUUUAAAUUUUAGAUAUUUUCAACUUAAUUAAUUUUGUUUCAAAGGUUGACGCUGCAUUACAAAAUCUGAAGUUAACAAUACAGAAAACAAAUAUUAUUCCGAAAACAGUGGACUAAUAGGCCUAAACAGAUCUGAGCACAACACCAAAUUAAACAAUCAGUUUAUUUUUGUCGGCAACAAAAGUCGGUUACAUAUGCUUUUUCCUUGCGUUUAUAAUACAAUUUCAUUUUCAUUUACUAUUUUUUGCCUAUUUUUUUACUAUUCACACUCAUAUUCCUAACCCUACGUAUUAUUUUCUCUUACUUGAGUUGUUUAUGCAAUCAUAAGAGUAUUUUGAGUAAGUUUUUAAUGAAAAUUCAAAAAUUGACUGUUUAAAAAAAAUUCUCACUAGAGAGAGAGAAUUUUCAUUUAAUGAAAAUUCGCACUAAAAAAUAAAUCUCAUUAUAUAAUUUUUUUUACUUUACUUGAACAAUCAUGGUAAUAUGUUAAGCAUUUGCUUUGCUUUUUUUAAUAAAUGCAAUAUUUUUUGAAUAAUCCAAAUUUUCAUGGUUCAAAGGUUCUAUUUAAAAGUUUUGUCCUAGGGCCUACGAUAUGUUUAAGCCGGCACUGACUAUAUCUUCACCCGAAUGGUUCCCUGAAAUAGGAGAGUUUCUAAAAUCAUAAUGAAUAUGUACCAAGCAGUAACUCAAGGGUUUCAACCACAUUCGAUAUGGAAAUACUUACUAAAAGUGGAACAAAAGUGACUUCUGAAUUGGACAUUCAAUUAAUUGUUAUUUUACCGGUUUAUGUAUUAUUAAUUUAAUCUCCGCAAGUACUUGUGAGUUUAUACUUUCAAUUUGAGUUUAUAUAUAUAUUUCUAUCUAUACUAUAAAACAGAAUCCCUUAUAGGAUUAUGCCCUUAGUUUUUGAAAGUAUUACAAAAGAAUAUCAUUUCCAUAUUUUGAUUUUUUAAAAUUAAUUUUGUCUAAAUAUUUUAGACCAAUCGCAGGAUUUAUUGUCUAAUCACUUUGCUUGCAGCAGUAUUUAUUAAUCUAUGUUUACUCCUAAUGUUCUCUCUUUUAAUUUCUUGACUGCUUCCUUUUAAAAAUUUUAAAGACCACGUAUUAACUACACUAUAUAUAUAUGAACUUGGGCAGCAUAACUUGUAUUAACUAAGGAACCAUAUUUGAGCUUUCUUAAUAUUUGAGAUUUUGCUUGACCAAAAACCUAGGGAUUUCAAAAAAUAUUUUUGAUUCAAAACUGGAGAAUCGACUAACCUAAUGCUAAUAUGCUAUAUAUACAACUACAGCUAAUUUAAGUUUUCUUAUCUCUAUUCCAAGCCGAAAAUAUCUUCUAUUAUGUAGGUCACCUCUUUGAAAUAGGUGAAACGUUUCAAAACAUCAUAUAAAUAUAUUUUUGAGAAUCUAUAUUAUUAAACCAUAGAUAAAACUUUUUUAUCCCUACAUGUUUUAUUAUAAAUUAUAUACGUUUCAAUAACUGAUAUAUAAUUAUUUAGUGUGUAAAAGAAAAUUAUAUUUUAUAUCAAUAUAUUAAAUGAAUUACAUAUCAUUCAUUCAUCGGUUCAACCGGUUAGUUUUAGGUUUUAUAGGGUUUUUUGCAGGUUUUAUCGGGUUUUUUUGCAGGUUUUAUCGGUUAAUCGGUAUUUUCUAAAACCCAAACAUGAUUACAUAUCAGAUUAUUGGUUUAGUGGUUUGACCGCUAGUACGGGUGGAGUAUAAAAACGAUGAUUCAAAUAAAAAAAAUUUAAGUAGAAAUAUUCCUAUACAUCAAAUUAACAAAACUUUUGAAAUAUUGUUAAUAGGAUUUUUCAUCACAAAAUAUCCCGCGCUUUGAAAGCGCGGAUCAAAAUCUAGUGAAGACAACUUAGACAAGAUUUAUGUUAACAUAUUACAGUUAUUGUUUCUACUAUUCGACCCUCUGGCCUCUGUCAUAAGUUAAAUACCAUUAUAUUCUUAUAGAUACCAACAUGUUCUCAAGGUUUCUUGUAAGUGACGGUAGACUAAGCCGCGAGCUGGACCAAGACUAAUUCGUGAUCGAACAUGCCAAUUUAGUGGAGUCCUUCGCGCUCCUCUGUUACAUGUUACACAAAAGGCAAUCAUACUUGACAAAGCUAAUCACAAAUUUUGAUGAAAAGUGACCAAGUAAGGGAGCAGAUAAACUUCCCAUACAUAGGCAUGAAAUCAUAGACAUGCAAGAAGCUUCUCGUCUCUGCUAAAAUAGUAAGCGCCUCUGUCUCAACUCUCUCACUGGAUACCUUCCUUCUGAUCUCAAUACCCGAGUUUUUUUUGGUCUCUUUUAAUUCAAGAUCACCAGUCCGUCUGUAGUAGGAAUGAACCUUACUUGGAUCACAAGUCUGAUAAUAUAUUUGAAGUAUUUGCAUAAGGUUACCAACUUAAUACAUAGAUCUGCUGGAGCAAAUUAAUUAAAGAGUAUGCUUUAAAAAGUAAGAACUAAGAACCUUUAUUUUCCCAAUUCAAUUUUGUUUAACACUAACAACUGAACCAGGAUAAACAAACAAUAGGAUCAAGACCAUCCCAUGAAUUAUUAGCAAUAAAAAAAAAAGUCUCAAACCGAAAUUAAACCGAAACA